CGAUAGAAAAACAACAGAAGAAUUAUUGCUGGUUCAAAAUCGGCGAAAAAAUUUUAUCAUAUUUUAUUAGGUCUUUUUUUUUUGUUUUUUAACUUGUUUUAAAAUUUUUAUGUGGAUAUGAAACUUACAAUAAAUUUUGUAAUAGUUUGUAUUCUAUACUUGCAACUUUUGGAAGCAAGACCGUCUAAAGAAACUUUUAAUGGAAAAUGUGGAUAUUCGGGUUGCCCCGUAACGCCAACUGACACAAUUAAUAUACAUUUGGUACCACAUACGCAUGAUGAUGUAGGUUGGCUAAAAACCGUUGAUCAAUAUUACUAUGGACAAUAUCCGUUAAUACAAAAAGCGGGUGUAGAAUUUAUUUUAGACUCUGUUAUAGCGGAAUUAUUAAAAGAUAAAUCUAGAAGGUUUAUUUAUGUUGAAUCUGCAUUCUUUUUUAAAUGGUGGAACCAACAAGAAAAGAAAUUACAAGACAAAGUAAAACAAUUAGUGGAAGAAGGUCAACUUGAAUUCAUUGGUGGGGCAUGGAGUAUGAAUGAUGAGGCAACUACUCACUAUCAAAGUUUAAUAGAUCAAUUUUCAUAUGGAUUAAAAAAAUUGAAUGACACAUUUGGACUAUGUGGAAGACCCAGAGUCGGUUGGCAAAUUGAUCCAUUCGGGCAUUCAAAAGAAAUGGCUUCAAUUUUCGCUGGCAUGAAAUUCGAUGGAAUGUUUUUUGCUCGUCUUGAUUGGCGUGAUAAAAUUAAUAGAUUUAGUAAUAUGAAAGCUGAAAUGGUUUGGCGUGCUAGUGAAAGUUUGGGUCGAAACGCUGAUUUGUUUACGGGAAUUUUACGAAAUCAUUAUUCCGCCCCUCCUGGAUUUUGUUUUGAUUAUUUAUGUCAAGAUGAACCAAUUAUUGAUGGUGAUGGAUAUGAAAAUAACGUGAAAGAUAGAUUAGAUGUUUUUUAUGAUUAUGUUAAAAAUAUGACAAAAUAUCAUAAAACCAAAAAUAUUAUGUUACCAAUGGGUGACGAUUUCAAUUAUCAAGAUGCUAGUAUGUAUUAUAAAAAUAUGGAUAAGCUAAUUAAGUAUUCAGAAAAUCGUAAAGUAGGUGACAAAGAUGUCAACAUAUUUUAUUCAACACCAUCUUGCUACUUAAAAUCACUUAAUGAUGCAAAUGAACUGUGGCCGGUUGAAAAUGAUGACUUUUUCCCAUACGCAACAGAUAACUACACGUACUGGGCUGGAUAUUAUUCAUCUCGACCAACUUUAAAGCGUUAUGAACGUAUUGGUAAUAACGUAUUACAAGUUUGUAAAAAAAUAUUAGCUGCAAAUCUCGAGGAUUCGACUCAAAACUUAAAUUUCUUACGUGAAGUAAUGGGAAUAAUGCAACAUCAUGAUGCCAUAACAGGAACUGAAAAGCAACACGUUGCGGAUGAUUAUGCUCAUUUAUUACACGAUGCAAUUUCUGCUUGCGAUAAUGAUAUAUCUAAUAUGUUAACAAAAGUUUUGAAACCUGAUCCAAUAAUUCAUGGUGAUCUUGAAUUUAAGCCUUGCCACAAGUUGAAUGAAAGUACUUGUGAAAUAACUGAAAACUCGGAAAACUUUAUGGUUACUUUAUUUAAUCCUUUAAGCCGCGAAACUUCUAGCUACAUUCGAAUUCCCAUUAGAGAUAAUUUUUACGAAAUUCUUGAUUCAGAAGGAAAUCCAGUAAAAAGCUACAGAAUAAGAAUUCCUGAACCAGUAAAAUCCAUUACUGGAAGAAACAGUUCUGCGCUCUACGAUAUGGUGUUUAAAGCAAAUUUAAAAGAUAUUACUUCGUAUUAUGUGAAAAAAAAAGAUAAAAAUGACUUUGAAAAUGAAAUACUACUAUCGAAAAAUGUUGAAAAAAAUAAUUCACGUGACUUCGAUAUUGAUAACAAGAAAAUCAAAUUAUCAUUUAAAAAUGGUUUUUUGAAUAGCAUUGAAAUCUUAGAAGAACGUAAAACAAUUGAAUUUCGACAAGAAUUCUCAUAUUUUGAAGCGGCGGCGGGUAAUAACGCUCCGCCAUUUGUAAACCGGUCGUCAGGUGCAUAUAUUUAUAGACCAAAAACUAAAAAAAUAAUUGCGACUGAAGUCGAAGUGGAAAGAUUUAAGUUUGACGAAAAUGUUGAAGUUACCCAAAUAUUUAAUGACUGGAUAAGUCAAGUCAUAAGAUUAUAUGAAAAUGAAUCUAUUAUUGAAUUUGAAUGGCUUAUUGGACCUAUUCCAGUAAAUGAUAAAAUUGGUAAAGAAGUUGUUAGUCAUUUUAAAACAAAUAUUGACUCUGGUAACAUAUUUUAUACUGAUUCAAACGGCCGAGAAAUGAUAAAACGAAAAUAUACUGUUGAUGAAUUAGAAAAAGAGCCAAUAGCAUCAAACUUUUAUCCAAUAACAACAAAAUUGGCUAUUGAAGAUACCAAAAGCAGAAUGGCCAUUUUAACAGAUCGAGCGCAAGGAGCUGCCUGUUUAAAAUCUGGUGAAUGUGAAAUUCUUGUCCAUCGCAGGCUUUUACAUGAUGAUGCAUUCGGUGUCGGGGAAGCCUUAAAUGAAACUACAACAGCACGAGGCAAAUUUCAUGUCUUUUUUGGUCAAAGUGACGAAGCGACAAUAGCCAAAGAACGACAAAUCCAAGCAAAACAACUUUUAGAACCGUAUUCAGUAUUUAGCAGUCUGAAAAAUAUAAAAUUCGAGGAUUGGCAGAAGCUAAAGCAUGAAGAUGCUUCAAAAAUCAUUAAUGUUUCUACAAUACUUCCAGAGUCAAUUAUUUUGUUAACAUUUGAACCAUUCGGCACAAAUAAAACCUUAUUACGAUUAGAAAACAUUUACGAGAAGGAAGCUGGUGGUACUGAAAUCACAGUUAAUUUAAAAGAAAUUGCAGACCAUUUUAAAGCAAAAUCAUUUGAGGAAGCAACACUUGACGGCAACCAAUGGCUCAGAGUUGCGAAACGUCUCAUAUGGAAUACCGAAAAAGAAUAUAAUGAAAUAUUUAAUGAUAAAAUUAAUGAAGAAGACAUGAGUUCUCCCUUCGAUGUUGAUGUAGCAAAUGUAAAAGAUGAUGAAGAAUUCGAAAUAACUUUAAAACCUAUGCAAAUAAGAACUGUAAUCAUGACUAGAAGCUAAAUGCGUACACAUGUACACAGCAUACAUUCAUAUAGAAAUAAUGUACGUGAAUAAAAUUUUUUAAGAUUUUUUAAAAUGAAUUAAUGAAAUAAAGAAAAAAAAUUACAAAAACU